UGUCAUGCUGCAGGCCCCAGACAGGGGGGAUCCUAAUGCUUGCUGGAGGUCUAGACAUCCAUGCCCGGCUGCAAGAGGGGCAUCAUGGACCCUCGGGAUGCUGAAGGAGGCGGCUUUCCUGCCCACGACACCUCCGGGUGUCCUGGGCCCCACCCGGACAUUGCAGUAAAGACUGAAAAGGAGGACGAGCCGCCGCUCACGGAUCACCUGGACUUUCCCGAAAGAGCAGUUUCCCAGGGCAACCUGACAGGGCAUCCUACCGCCAAGCCGGACCUGCCGAUAAAGCCGGAAGGAGAAGAGCAGAUGGAGACUGCGGGCCUGCCAUUGGAGACUGCAGAGAGAGAAGCGCCUUGCAGUAACUCUGCAGGUACCUGGGCUGGGAAAGCCAUUAAGGAAGAAGGGUCUGGAGAGGAAAGUCCUGAGGACCCAGAGACAACCCCAGCACCUUACAAGAGCCUUCUUCUGGCUCCCAAAAGAUGCUGCCAGAGCCAGCCUGGGAACGAGAGCCCCCAGGCCUUUGGGAAGUGUUGUGCCCGGGCACCUCAGAGCUGUGUGGGGGAGCCGGUGUUGUCCUGCCUGGACUGCGGGCAGCAGUUUGGUGACACGGAGGCCCUGAGCGAACAUGAGCGGGGCCACGCGGCCGAGCGCACCUUCAUCUGUACAGACUGCGGGAAGAGCUUUGGGCAGCACGCCACCUUGGUGGAGCAUCAACGCGGGCACACGGCCGAGAGCCUCUUCCUCUGCCCCGGCUGCGGCAAGAGCUUCACCCACAAAGCGGCGCUCACGGUGCACCAGCGCACCCACACCCAACCGCGUGCUGCUGCUGCACCACCUGCCUGCGCAGCAGCCCCUCCGGUCAUGGAGGGGGGCGCUGCCGUGGCCCCGAAGCCCACCAAGCCCUUCCCAUGCCUGGACUGCGGGGAUGGCUUCCGGUCGCAUGCGGCGCUGCUGAGCCACCAGCGCGUGCACGCCGAGGAGCGCCCCUACAAGUGCGUGCAGUGCGGGAAGAGCUUCUGCUUCCAUGCAGAGCUGGCCUCGCACCGGCUCUGCCACCCACCAGAGCGCUGGUUCCCCUGCGGCGCUUGCGGCCGACGCUUCCGCUCCCAAACUGACCUCAUCCUGCACGAGCGCACCCACCCCGAGUCCACCUGGUGCCUGUGCGCCGAGUGCGGGAAGCUCUUCGCCAGCCCUACCGAGUUAGCCCGGCACCAGGCCGGCCACGCCGAGAAGCCGCACGCCUGCCCGGACUGCGGUAAGGCCUUCGGCUACCUGGCUGACCUCCUGCUGCACCAGCGCUCGCAUGCGGAGAAGCCCCACGGCUGCCCCCAAUGCCACAAGGGCUUCGGCUCCCGUACCGACCUCCUCCUCCACCAGCGGCUCCACGGCGAGGGCCAGAGCUUCACCUGCACCCAGUGUGCCAAAGCCUUUGGCUCCCGCACGGACCUCAUCAUGCACCAGCGCAGCCACCGCGACCGCCAGUCAUUCUCCUGCCCGGACUGCGGCCGCGUCUACACCAACCGCUCCUACCUGGUGGCCCACCAGCGCCUGCACACCGGGGAGAAGCCAUACCAGUGCGCCCAGUGCGGGCGCAGCUUCAGCCACAAGUACCACCUGGGCAAGCACCAGCGGACACACGCUGGGGGCAUCCCGCCUGUGUACUGAGCCCCGGUGCCUUCCCAAAUCGAUGACUCCAGC